AUGGGAGGGGCAGGAAUAGGCGGACGAGUUGUAAGGUCACCUUUAUCCAAGACCAGGUCAUUGUCAGAUGGAGGAGGGACCCCGAAGUUGUCGCCUUCCCCGUUCAUAUUCGAGGCCUCGCGGGGCCAGGCAAAGGAUGAUAGUUCUAUUCGAGAUACUACUACCGCCCCUUCGACGCCUGUUCAUUCCAGCUUUUCCCAUCGUGGCCUGUCACUGCAAAUGCCUCCUCCAGACGCACUCACUCCCGUCCAACAAUCGACAUACGCGAAGCCCGCACCUCUGUCGCCGAAGCUCGACCAUUCUCAGCAUCCCUAUGCCUCUCCGACUAACAUUUUGCCACGAAGGUCCCGGGGGCUGGAUUUUUCACGGGCAGCAACCAGCCUCCAUCACUCGAUUCUGGCCGACCAAGCAUCGCCCGACUCGUCGCCUACGAUUGGAAGUAGGGCUAUGAACAUUCCGGGCCGACGGGGCGGCGAAUAUGGCAGUGCAGAACAGAUAUCGAAUUCGCUGUGGUCCAUGAUGGGGAACAACGAACGAUCGAACAUAUCUGGCUCCCUGGGGAGCACCAUGCACGUGUGCUCCGACACCUCCUCUAGCUCAGAGCCAGACGACUUCAUGGAUGAGGAUAUGGACGACGCGUUUCUCACCACCCCGCAAGUCGCCAAGGUUGGCAUGCCGAUAUCCUCGCACUCCCCUUCAGGUGCUGCUUGGAUGCACGGAGGUUCUCCCUCUGCCAAUACCCUUUUGAGCUUUCAGCAGCGGCAACGACCGCGGAAGCACCCUCGGAAGAGGAUACGAGGUCUCAUGGGACAGAAUUAUAACUCCAGCAUGACGCAGCCGGCGUUAUCGAAAUCCCCGCCCAACAAUAUCAUGCCAAAGGAGAUUGUCAACACACACGCACGCAGGGAAAGCAUCAGCUGGGCCGCCAACCAAUUGCACAUUUCGGGAAACGAUAGCGAUGAUAACUUGAAGUCGCAGCUUGAGAACAUGGAUAGUCCUUCGCGGCCGAACGUUAUCAAACGUGCUGUCACCCGUCGUGGUAGCCUUCUGCCGAAAACCAAGGGAUUCGCGCGUAUUCGUGCUGCAUUGGCCGAAGAAAGUGCGCCUAUCGAGGCCGAGUUUCGUCGCGAGGCUGAAGUUGUCCGCCAAGUCAAGGAGAGCGAUAUGGAGUUUGAGCUACGAGCACUUACACACUCGGCGCCAACCACAGCAGUAUCCAGCCCGAGUCUCCCUACACAGGAUAAUAUCGACGACAUCCCCGAGGACGCCAUGAUGAUGGACCCCGGCCCUGCGGCUGCAGGCCUAGGCUUGAGCGGAAGCUUUAAGCAGCAGGCCCUGAAGAACUCCAAGGGCAAGGUCUUCUGGGACACCUUCUCUGAAGCAAGCAGCAACGGCAAAAGUGCCUCGCGUGUAACGCCGCCGCCGCCCCUAUUUGGGCUUCCACGCGGCUCCUCAGCCGGGCUUAGCCUGGAAGACGCAUCCAUGGAUUCCCCCUCGGCGAGCUCCAACGGCACCUGCGCCAACCCCUUUGUGCUGCCUGCGCCAAUCAACACCGCCGCCGGGGGCUCCGGCAACGACACACCGCAGGGCUCCACAAGCCAGGGCAGUGGCGGUGGGGGCAUCGUGCCGGGGGGCAGCAUCCACGGCCCUCCGAGCGCGGCCGAGCUCACGAGGCGGAUCAAUAGCAAGCGGCGGCGAGACGACGACUUUGACCCCGUCAGCUUCAAGCGCAGGGCUGUCAGUCCCGGGAUGAGCGUCCACAACUCGCCCAUCAUGCAGAGCCCGCUGCAGAGGGACAAUGCGCCCUGGGGCUCGAGGCCGGGCAGCGUGGGGGGAGACACCACCGCCAACAAGCCGCCUUCCGUGAGCAGCGCCCCGAGCGAGAACGGCAGCCAGGCCGGUGGCGCUGGUGGUGGUGGUGGCAGUGGCGGAAACGGUGCGAACGUUGGCGGCGGUUCCGGAGGCGGCACCGGGCGAGUAUCUGGCAAUAAGGGACGUGUUGGGUUCCAGGGUAUGAUCGACACUAACGACGGUAUCACGAAACUGAGCAUUGAGUAG